AGCUGCUUUGCCGCCCCAACGGCCGCCCGGAGUAGCUGACAAACGCCGGGCUCGGCAGGAGAUUGCUUCUGUCUGGAGCUCGGCUGAGGCAGCGUUCACGUCUCGCGCGCACCCGCGUUCUCCCAACCAAUCCCGCGCUACUCGCGCGCCCAGGAGCGUUCGCCGGUUCUGCUCGGGCUGCGCCGGCUCCUGCCCGCUGCCAGCACUCGGAACCGAGCUCUUACUCCUCCCCUCACUCGCCACGAGUUCCACGAUUCGCGGUGUAGCUCCGCCCCUGUCCCCGAGUCCGCCCCCGCGACCUCCCGAGCUUGUGCUCUCCUUUCCCCUCAGUCUCCUGCCGUCCAGCGGCCCUGGGUCUCGCGCUCCGCAAAGCGACAGGAGUCUCUCCCGCCUAGUUCCUACGCCUCCGCGCGCUCUCCCUCAGCAGCCACCGCGUAACCCACCCGCAGCUCGCUGUCUCGGACCCGGACUCGGGGUUGCGCGCCCUGACUCCGCCUACUUUCCCCCUCGGACUCGCGCCCUCGGGGCCCGGCCUCUCACUCGCGCAGGCCGCCGAGCGCUCGCCUCGCACUUGCCUCGCGCUUCCCAGGCGCUCUCGCGCUUUCCGAGGCGAGCGCGCUCCCGGCCCGCGCGCUCCGGGCUUUGGCUUUUCCCGACUCCCGUCAGUGCGGUGACUGCGCUGGGAAACAUGGCGACCGAGGGAAUGAUCCUAACUAACCACGACCAUCAAAUCCGGGUCGGAGUCCUCACAGUGAGUGAUAGUUGCUUCAGGAAUCUUGCAGAAGAUCGCAGUGGGAUAAAUCUCAAAGAUCUUGUACAAGAUCCUUCUUUGUUGGGUGGGACUAUAUCAGCAUACAAGAUAGUACCAGAUGAAAUAGAAGAAAUCAAGAAAAUAAAAUGGGAAUUAAUAAAGGAAACCCUGAUAGAUUGGUGUGAUGAAAAGGAACUUAAUUUGAUAUUAACAACUGGAGGAACAGGGUUUGCGCCACGAGAUGUCACUCCAGAGAAAUUCCCAACAUUCCCAUUUUGUGGGCUCCAGAAAGGGGCCACAAAAGAAGUAAUAGAACGGGAAGCGCCAGGGAUGGCCCUGGCAAUGCUGAUGGGAUCACUUAAUGUUACACCUCUGGGCAUGCUCUCUAGGCCUGUAUGUGGAAUCAGAGGGAAAACUCUGAUAAUUAACUUGCCAGGUAGCAAGAAAGGAUCUCAGGAAUGCUUUCAGUUCAUACUGCCAGCCCUACCUCAUGCCAUUGACCUUUUACGUGAUGCCAUUGUAAAAGUAAAAGAAGUGCAUGAUGAACUUGAAGAUUUACCUUCCCCACCACCACCUCUUUCCCCUCCUCCCACAACUAGCCCCCAUAAACAGACAGAAGACAAAGGGGUUCAAUGUGAAGAAGAGGAAGAAGAGAAGAAAGACAGUGGUGUUGCUUCAACAGAAGAUAGUUCUUCAUCACAUAUAACUGCAGCAGCCAUUGCGGCCAAGAAGCAUCCAUUCUACACCAGUCCUGCUGUUAUCAUGGCACACGGUGAGCAGCCCAUCCCUGGUCUCAUCAGUUAUUCCCAUGAUGCAACAGGCAGUGCAGAGGAACCGAUUCCAGACUCCAUCAUUUCUCGUGGCGUUCAGGUGCUCCCACGAGACACAGCCUCCCUCAGCACUACUCCUUCAGAAUCUCCUCGUGCUCAGGCUACAUCUCGCCUAUCUACAGCUUCCUGCCCAACACCAAAACAAAUUAGACGGCCGGAUGAAAGCAAAGGAGUUGCUAGUAGAGUUGGAUCCCUCAAACUCCAUCGAAAGCUGGAGGAGCUCAGAGAUCACCUAGAAGGCAAUGUGAAAGGAUACUCUCUCAGAGUAAAUGUCCAGUCCAGGUGCAGCAGCAAGGAGAACAUUCUCAGAGCCAGUCACAGUGCUGUUGAUAUCACCAAGGUGGCUAGAAGACACCGCAUGUCUCCUUUUCCUCUAACAUCUAUGGACAAAGCCUUUAUCACAGUCCUGGAGAUGACUCCGGUGCUUGGGACAGAAAUCAUCAACUACCGAGAUGGAAUGGGGCGAGUCCUUGCUCAAGAUGUAUAUGCAAAAGACAACCUACCCCCGUUCCCAGCAUCAGUAAAAGAUGGCUAUGCUGUCCGAGCUGCCGAUGGCCCAGGAGAUCGUUUCAUCAUUGGGGAAUCCCAAGCUGGUGAACAGCCGACUCAGACAGUAAUGCCAGGACAAGUCAUGCGGGUUACAACAGGUGCUCCAAUCCCCUGUGGUGCUGAUGCAGUAGUACAAGUGGAAGAUACUGAACUGAUCAGGGAAUCUGAUGAUGGCACUGAGGAGCUUGAAGUACGAAUUCUGGUGCAAGCUCGGCCAGGCCAAGAUAUCAGACCCAUUGGCCAUGACAUUAAAAGAGGGGAAUGUGUUUUGGCCAAAGGAACCCACAUGGGCCCCUCAGAGAUUGGUCUUCUGGCAACUGUAGGUGUCACAGAGGUUGAAGUUAAUAAGUUUCCAGUGGUUGCAGUCAUGUCAACAGGGAAUGAGCUGCUAAAUCCUGAAGAUGACCUCUUACCAGGAAAGAUUCGAGACAGCAAUCGUUCAACCCUCUUAGCAACAAUUCAGGAACAUGGUUACCCCACAAUCAACUUGGGAAUUGUGGGAGACAAAGAAUUCCCUUUAACAUUCAUUGUGAAGCUGCUUUGGUGGUGCUGAACUCUUUAUGUUUUCCUUGUCUGUGAAACUUUUGAUCUCUUCAUCAAAUUUGAAUGAGAGUCCUGCCAGGUAGAGUAUUCUUUGUUGUAGGUUUUCCCCUUUCAUCAUUUUAAAUAUAUUGUGCCACUCCCUCUGGCCUGCAGAGUUUCUGCUGAAAAGUCAGCUGAUAGCCUUAGGGGAGUUCCUGUGUAUGUUAUUCAUUGCUUUUCCCUUGCUGCUUUUAAUAUUCUCUCUUUAUCUUUAAUUUUGCUAUUUUAAUUACUAGUGUGUCUUGGUGUGGUCCUCUUUGGGUUGAUCCUGUUUGGGACUCUCCAUGCUUCCUGGGCCUGGCUGUCUGUGUCCUUUCCCAGGUUAGGGAAAUUUUCAGCUGUUACGUCUUCAAAUAUGUUCUUUGCCACUUUCUCUCUCCUCUUCUCCUCUGGGACCCCUAUAAUGAAAAUGUUAAUACAUUUGAUGUUAUCCCAGAGGUCUCUUAAAUUGUCCUCAUUUUUUAAAUUCUUUUUUCUUCAGCUUUAGUGACUUCCACUAGUCUGUCUUCCAGCUCACUGAUCUGUUCCUCUGUAUCACCUAGUCUACUGUUGAUUCCUUCUAGUGUAUUUUUCAUUUCAGUUAUCAUGUUCUUCAUCUCUGGUUCUUCUUUAUAUUUUCUAAGUCAUUGUCAAAAAAUUCUAACUUCUCACUCUGUUCAUCCAUUCUUCUCCCUAGUUCUUUGAUUAUCUUUACGAUCAUUACCUUGAACGCUUUCUGGGGUGCAUUGCCUAUCUCCAUGUCACUGAGUUCUCCUUCUGGGGUUUUAUCUUGUUCCUUCAUUUGGAACAUGUUUCUCUAUCACCUCAUUUUGCCUAACUUGCUGUUUUUUAUUUCUAUGUAUCUGGUAGGUUGGUUACAUUUUCUGAUCUUGAAGAAGUAGCCUUUUGUAGAAGACUUCCUAUGUAUCCCAGCAGUGCACCCUCCUCUGGUCACCAGAGCUAUGUGCUAUAGGGGUGUCCCCUAUGUGGGCUAUGUAGGUCCUUCUGUUUCAGCAGGCUGACUACUCUGGGCAAUCUGGUAGGUGUGACUGGCCCCCAGUUUUGUUGGUUACCAGGCGCUGCCUUGUACAGAGCUGCCAGCUACUGGUUGGUGGGGCUGGGUCACAAGACAGCUAGCUGCAGAAUCCCAGGGUGUCCAGGGCUAUUGCUGGCUCACUGGUGGGUGAAGUCGGAGUCCAGGACAUCCUGGGGCUGGUAUCCACCUACCAGUGGGUGAAGCCAAGUCUUGGAGCUAGUGCUGGCCCAUUGGCAGGGUUUGGCUGCAGGGCCCGGUGGUCCCAGAGCUGGUGUCAGACCACUGGUCAUUGGGGCAUUCCUGACACAGCUGGCUAUGGAGUCCAGGAUGUCCCAAAGCUUGUGUUGGCUUGCUGUUGGGCAGUGUAGGGGCCCAGCCAGUCCCAGGGCAGGUAGUGGCCUGCUGGUGGGUGGUCUGGGUCCUGCCACAGUGGGCUGUGGAGCUGCAGUUGUCCCAGGCCUAGCAUUCUCGUCCAAGGUUCCUGCUCCCAAGGCUAAAACAGGCACACUGGUAGGUGGGAUCAGGACCCAGGGGAUUCUGAGGCUGGUGCCUGCCCACUACUAGGUGGAACUGUGUCCCAGUAUCUCUGACUGCAGAGUCUUGGGGGUCUCAGAUCUAGUGCCUAUGCAGUGGUGUGUGGGGACAGGUCCUGUGCCCUCAGUUGGGCAGGGCCGUGUCCAGGGGUGGCUGUGGGCUCAGGGGAUCUUAAGGCAGCCUGUAUGCUGGUGAGUGGAGCUGUGUCCUGGCUCAGUUAGUUGCUUGACCCAAGGCAUCGCAGUACCAGUGCCUACAAGCUUGAUGGGCAGAGGUGGGGCUGGGUAUUGAGACUAAUAAGCUAGAGGGAGGAUUCCAAAAUGGCAUUUGCCAACACCAGUGUCCACGUAGCAGAACAAGCUCUCAAAAAUGGCUGUCGCCAAUGUCUGUUUCCCCACGGUGAUCUCCAGUUGUCUC